AGCAACUCUCUCGAGUCGAUUCCUAAGCAGCUAGCCAGUGACUCGAUCUUAGCGUGCUACAAUGGCGGCAGCUGCUAGUGCCCUGCUCCUCCUGCUCUGCUCAGCCUUCUGCUCCCUUGCCCACCGGGCGGCCGGCGUCGACUACGGCUCGUGGCAGAGCGCCCACGCCACGUUCUACGGCGGCGGCGACGCGUCUGGCACGAUGGGCGGCGCGUGCGGCUACGGGAACAUGUACAGCACGGGGUACGGCACCAACACGGCGGCGCUGAGCACGGCGCUGUUCAACGACGGCGCCGCGUGCGGGUCCUGCUACGAGCUGCGCUGCGACAACAACGGGCAGUCGUGCCUGCCGGGCACCAUCACCGUCACGGCCACCAACUUCUGCCCGCCCAACUACGGCCUCCCCAGCGACGACGGCGGCUGGUGCAACCCGCCGCGCCCGCACUUCGACAUGGCCCAGCCGGCCUUCCUCCAGAUCGCGCAGUACCGCGCCGGCAUCGUGCCCGUCGCCUACAGGAGGGUGCCGUGCGUGAAGAAGGGCGGGAUCAGGUUCACCAUCAACGGCCACUCCUACUUCAACCUGGUGCUGGUGACCAACGUGGCCGGCGCCGGGGACGUGCAGUCCGUGUCCAUCAAGGGCUCCAGCACCGGGUGGCAGCCCAUGUCCCGCAACUGGGGCCAGAACUGGCAGAGCAACUCGCUCCUCGACGGCCAGAGCCUGUCCUUCCAGGUCACCGCCAGCGACGGCCGCACCGUCACCAGCAACGGCGUCGCUCCGGCGGGCUGGCAGUUCGGCCAGACCUUCGAGGGCGCCCAGUUCUAGCUACUACUACUCCAUCGACGAGUGUGACUGUGAGCAAGAGAGAAGGAGAAACCUUCUUCGCUGUAGUAAAGAAGAGGCUCCCGCCAUUCCGAGGCUGCUUAUUAUUAGCACCCGCUUAGGCAUUUCCUUCUCUUAUUAUUACCAUAGGAUUGAGCUGUUUAUUUUCUGCACCAGUGAUUGUAGCAAUGGGUUAAGCAAAACAAAAACCUGCAAGGCUGAUUAUUGUAGGGCUGCAGGGGAGUGGUGUCGUGCAA